AUGGGGAAGUACAUGAAGAAACCAAAACCUAAAUCCGAAUUACCUUUGCUUGAUUCCACCACCACCACCACCACCACCACCACCACCUACUUUGGUGUUCGAACUCGUGCUAAAACCCUAGCUCUUUCUCAGAAUCAGGAUCUCUCUCUUUCUAAUGAUUCUUACCUUCAGCUUCGAAGUCGUCGCCUUCAGAAACCUCCCACUCCUCAACAUUCUUCUAAGAAGAAUAAGCCCCAAAAUCAAAACCCUAAAUCCCCAAUUCGUAGGGAGGUUAGCAAGGAGAAAACUCCUGACGCUGAAGAUGCUGACUUUGGGGAAAAUGUUUUGGAUUUUGAAGGUAGAGACAGCAGAAGCACCCGGGAAACCACACCCGUCAAUUUGAUAAGGAACCCGGACAUUCUCAGGACUCCUAGUUCGACUACCAAGCGUACUUUUUCGACUGAAGCUCAUCGCAGAACGGAGCAUGCAGCUAGAACUGUUAUCCCAUCUACACGGGAAAUGGAUGAAUUCUUUGCUAAAAAUGAAGCGGCUCAGCAAAAGAAGUUCAUGGAGAAGUACAACUUUGAUCCUGUGACAGAUAUGCCACUCCCAGGGCGUUACGAAUGGGAAAAAUUAACACCCUAG